GUCCUCAUCAGGGUUAUGGUGGUCUGGAGUCUAUCAUGGAAUCCCUGGGUGUCAAAACACAUUACAGGUGUUUUUGAUUUUCCAUUUGUCCAUAUAUGAUCUCUCUUGUUUAUUCCCCUGCUGAAAGCCAUGGUUUGCACAUCUAUCACAUGGUAACAGGAUUGUCCAUCCCAAGAGUGUGAGAGAAGAUGAACACAGCCCAGCUGGUUAGCACUCAGUCCCUGCGACUGGUGCCCGUCCCCGACAGGCUGCCUUUGCUCACCGUCUCCCACUCCCUCCAGCAAUGUAUCACACAGACACGUUCUCACAGGCACUGUAACUGUCAGGCUGAAGUAAGCACACACUAGUCGACACACUCAUAGACACAUGCAUCCCCCUCUGUCUCUCAACCCUUUCUCUGUCUGCCAUGAGCCCACUGAUUACAGAUGAGCACGGACAUAACUCGGAGUGGCAGGGCGAGACACCCCCUUGCUCUCAUCCUCCGGCCUCCCUCUUUUCUCGCUGUCUAUCGGACAUACACAUGGAAUACCGAGACACUUGACACGCGUUCAUUUCAGCUUCAUGAUUUCUUCAAAAUAGGCCAUUUUAUUGUAGAAAGCCUUGGAAUUUCAGUAAAUCGAAAACCUUAGCUGGAAAACUCCAACCAUUUUUUCAGUACUAACCCAAACCUUAAUGCCAACCCUAACCUAAACCCAAAUCAUUUCUUCAUUACUAGCCCUAAUCCAAGCCCCAACCCUAACCCUAAUCCUAACUCCAGUUGUUUCUUCAUGACUAACCCUAACCCUAGCGCUGAUACUAACCCAAACCCAAACCCUAACUCCAGUCAUUUCUUCACCAGUAACCUUAACUCUAAUGCUAACUCUAAUGCUGACCCUACUAAAAAGCAUUAAACAUGCAGUCAGAUAAAAAUAUAGCCAUGCUAAACGGUAAUAGCCAAAAUGUCUGAGUAAGUAACGCAUCUUCUGUUACACAAUCUGUACUCUGCAGCACUGAAGCGGCCAACUGUCAGCGUGUAAGUUCAUGAUGUAGAGUGAGUGUAUUUUUUAACUGACCAGGGAGUGGCAGGUUCAAAACAUAUCUUAGGUCUAUGGAUUCUCAAUGCAUGCAGCUCAUGCCUGCAGCACAUGUAACAAAGUGUGAACAGGUAACGCGGUAAUUUACGGGAAGUGGGGCCCGAGUAAGGUGACGUAGUGGUAAUUGAGGAAGGUCCAUUCAUAGAGCACGACCAAAGAGCACUUUGGAAAAAAUGCACAAGGGUGAUAGAGGAAGAGGGGAAAAACGAGGGGAGGGGGAAGCUCCUUCUGGAAUAGCCAGCAACUCGAGCUGCUGACUCCACCUCCCUCGUCCCCCUCCACCCCCGUGUCUCAGCCUCUCUCUCUCUCUCUCUCUCGCACUCCCCUGCAGACUCGUAGCCCGUUAUUUAGCCAGACAGCGAAGAGAGCGGAGCGGAGCUCCGGGAAGGUGAGAGACGGUUCCUUGCCUUCCCCAGAAAACUGACACCCGGAGGAUCCCUGGACUGCGUUACUGUAGAUCAUUCCGUCGUUCUCACGAGCUGAUUUCGUGGAACUCUGAGCCUGGAUUUUUUUCCCCCUCUUUUUGUGUUUUGACUACUUCCUUUUGUUCCGCCGCCUCUCUGGGAUAUACUGCCGGGUAUCAGUGUGUGUGUUGUGCCAUGCUCACCACUGGUGGUCCUGCGGAUAUCCACCGGUGCACAACAUGAAGGGUGGCCACCGUCACCGGGGCUGUGCCUGCCAACACUUGUUCCGAAAAGUGCUGGCAAAGUGCGGCUGCUGCUAUGCCAGGGUCAGAGAGUCAUAUUCGGUGGCGGGCAGUGAGGGCAGCAUCUCCACGUCCGUGGCCUCCCUGCCGCCCCAGGCCUCGGGUGGCUCUGCUCCCAGCUCCCCGGGGUCACGCCGCUCCGUCAGCACCCUGAAGAAGUGGCUCACCAACCCGGUGCGCAAACUGAGUGCCGGCGGCGGGGGCAAAGGUGAGCGGCAGAUGCGACAUGCAGACGGAAAGCCGCCGCUUCGUCGGGAGAGCCAGGACCGGGGCACACCAGCGAGGCAGGAGGAUGACAUCACCAUGCUUCCCCUUGCCGACAAAGAGCCGGGCUUUUCUGUGUGUGUUUUGCAGGAGGGGAGGGAUGGUCCUGCUGGUCCGGAAGAUGGCACUCCACCAACUCCACUCACCCACAGCUUGCUUUCAGAGCUUCUGCAGGGCAAUGGCACACUGGGCCACGCAGAGAAUGCGCUGCCAAACCACGUUCUUCCUGGUGAAGAUGUUUCCGCUCUGAUGGGGGACGCAUCCAGCCUGUCGUCUGCCACCGUAGACAGCGAGGACGAGAGGAAGAGCGCUUUGGAAAAAAGCAUGUAUGUCCUGAAGGAACUGAUAGAGACAGAAAAGCUCUACGUGAAUGAUCUGGGACUCAUAGUGGAGGGAUAUAUGGCCACCAUGAGUGCCAAGGGAGUGCCGGAGGACAUGAAGGGAAAGGACAAAAUUGUGUUCGGGAACAUUCACCAGAUCUACGACUGGCAUAAAGACUACUUCCUGGGGGAGCUGGAGAAGUGCGUGGCGGAGCCGGAGAGACUGGCGCAGCUCUUCAUCAAGCACGAGCGGCGUCUUCACAUGUACGUUGUGUACUGUCAGAACAAGCCCAAGUCUGAGCACAUCGUGUCUGAGUACAUCGAGACCUACUUUGAAGAGCUGAGGCAGCAGCUGGGGGAGCGGUUGCAGCUGAACGACCUGCUCAUCAAACCCGUGCAGAGAAUCAUGAAGUACCAGCUACUGCUCAAGGAUUUCCUGAAGUACUCCGCUAAGGCCGGCGUGGACACCGCGGAGCUCGAGAGAGCGGUAGAGGUGAUGUGCUUCGUACCCAAACGCUGCAACGACAUGAUGAACGUGGGCCGCUUGCAGGGAUUUGAGGGGAAGAUCACGGCUCAGGGGAAGCUGCUGCAACAGGACACGUUUACGGUCAUGGAGCAGGACAGCAGCCUCUUGUCUCGCGCCAGAGAGAGACGGGUCUUCCUCUUCGAACAGAUAGUCAUCUUCAGCGAACCAAUAGACAAGAAGAAGGGCUUUUCGCUUCCAGGAUACAUCUUCAAGAACAGCAUCAAGGUGAGCUGUCUGGGAGUGGAGGACUGUCCCGACGGAGACUCCAACCGUUUCAUUUUGACAUCCCGAGGAGCGGAUGGAAACGCCACCCGCUUCGUCAUGCAGGCCGCCACACCUGAGAUCCGCAGGGCCUGGCUGAACGACAUCAUCCAGAUACUGGAGACACAGCGCAAUUUCUUAAACGCCCUGCAGUCGCCCAUCGAGUACCAGCGGCGCGAGAGCAAGACCAACAGCCUGGGCCGAGCCGUGCGAGUCCCGCUGGUGGCUGCGCUGCGUCCGCAUUCCUCCGCCUCCAUUGACCGCCAACGCCUGCCCAGCCUGCGCUCCUGCAACUCCUCGCUGCCCUCCAUCUACCUGCCCAGCCAGCUGCAGCAGGAGGUAGACGCUCGAUCGCUACCCGGCACCCUGGUUCAUAUGGCGCCAAAGCAGAAUUCGCACCCCAUUUCUCCUGCUCUCAACGAACUGGCCCUCAACCAGCACGAUGGUCUCCCCUUGGCACCAGAGCCAAGCCAAGCACUAUUAAAGCAGCGAUGCCUUCCUGGCCCACUGAGUGAGCAGAGACCUGGCGAGGGUGGCCCUGGGGCCCUCACGGGGGACGCGGCGGGCGGCACGGCAAGCUCCACCGCAGGUCAGCGCUCAAGCAACCUGGAGCAGCUGGCGGAGGACAGCCUGUGAACGUUCCUACUCCUUCUUCCUCCUCCUUAAGACAGUGGCCACUCCUCGCCUUCCUCCAGCCCCUGCAGCGUUCUCCACCCUCUUUCCCGUCUCUCCGGCUGACAGCGCUCUUCCCCACGCUGAUCACCUCCACGGCGAUGUUCUCCACAUCAUGUUAACCGGUUCUCAUCAUUCACAGAUCAUGACACUUGUUCUGGUUGUUCUUCCCCUUGCUGAACAUCUUUGUUUUUUUGUUUUUUUUUUUUUCAAACUUUACUUCUUUGCUGACAUUCUGACCGGAACAACACAGAACAACGAAUUCUUUGACACCGUUUUUGUUUAGUUUUUAUACGCAGCCGUCUGGCGUCGGUUGAUUUUAUUGUAAGGCUUUUAUUUCCGUCCAUCUGCGUUUCAAAUGGGCGUCAUAAACUGUUCACAGGAAGUUUUUUUUUGACAUUGGCACCGCGAUGAAGGAACAAUCUGUGGGUGUGUGCAUGCGUGUUAGCAGCGUGUGUAUCGGUGUAUGUUUGUGUGUCUCCUGGACAGAGCAGUACAGUGUGCAGUGAUUUACCUUCUGUACAAUGUUAUGCACAUUGUAAGAAACAUCCUAGGCUGAAAGCAGAGCUUGUGCAAAAUAACAAAACACCAAUAAAAGGACAAUGAAAGAUGAACUACAAAUAGAUUAUAACAUUUAUAAUAUGUA